AUGCGCCUUGGGGGGUGGGUCUCUCGCGCUGCUCUUCUGGUUAAGUUCCUGCCCGCCUCAGCCUCCCUGAACCACGCGUGUUCCCAGUCCCACAGAGCCGCUAGCAUCAUGGCCGAGGAGGCGAAGAAACUGGCUGCGUACGCGGCUGUGGACAACCAUGUGCAGAAUAACCAAGUUGUUGGAGUGGGCAGUGGCUCGACCAUUGUCUAUGCUGUGGAUAGACUAGCGGAAAGAGUGCGACAAGAGAAACUCAACAUUGUGUGUGUCCCAACUUCAUUCCAGGCUCGACAAUUGAUUUUGCAGCAUGGGCUUACUCUAUCAGAUCUUGACCGACAUCCAGAGCUCGAUGUGGCGAUUGAUGGAGCAGAUGAGGUGGACAUUGAUCUCACACUGAUCAAAGGAGGCGGAGGCUGUUUGACUCAGGAGAAGAUUGUGGCGGGCUGUGCUAAACAUUUUGUUGUUAUUGCAGACUUCAGGAAAGACUCUGAUGCUCUGGGUGGACAGUGGAAGAAAGGUGUCCCUAUUGAGGUAAUCCCAAUGGCUUACGUCCCCAUCUCACGGACAAUCGUCAAGAGAUUCGGGGGUGAGGUCAACCUCCGUAUGGCUGUCAGUAAAGCGGGUCCAGUUGUGACAGACAACAGUAACUUUAUCUUGGACUGGAAAUUUGAACAGGCUCAUGACUGGAAAGAGGUCAAUACUGCUAUCAAGAUGAUUCCAGGAGUUGUAGACACCGGGCUGUUCGUGGGCAUGGCUGAGCGUGCUUACUUUGGGAUGGAAGACGGCAGUGUUAAGAUGCGGGACGCUACAGUGCACUGA